AUUCACACCGAGCAGGCUUGAACGCACCCUUAGCACGCCUCGUUAGCGGUAUAUUUGGAUUAAGCAGUAGGUUAUUUAGGAUGGGAGACGAUUUAGGCGAUGAGUGGUGGGAGCACGACGACAAUGCAGAUGCUUCAGAGGCAGCAGAAGAGGAAGAGGAGAAGCCUGUGGAGCAAACACAGAUGAAAGCAGAGAAGAGGAAGAGGCAACCAGACAAAGCAGCCAAAGUGAAGAAGAAAAGCACCGAGCAGAAACAUCCAGUGGUUCCUCAAACUAAAGAGACGGAUGAACUGCAGCCCAAAAAGAAGAGGAAGAGGAAGAAGAAAACGAUCACGGACGUUCUUGCGACCUCAGACCCAAAGCCCGGCAGUCCGGCGGACCUGCAGGAUCUGGUCACGCUGUACUUCUCCGACAAACGCUCCGUCAUCGAGCUGGAGGAGCUGAAACUGGCCGACUCCAGUUUCCUGUCAAGUAAUGAUUUGACCCACACUCUCUCAUCUUACCUGAAACAAGUUUGUCCCAAGUGGGCAAAAAUCCAAAAGCAGCACUCGGAGACCGGUUCUGUUGUUAUUCUCAUCGUUUGCAGCUCUGCGCUUCGAGCCAUCGAGCUACUCAAGCAGGUGACGGCGUUCAAGGGGGAGGCCAAAGCUGUGAAACUGUUCGCUAAGCACAUCAAGAUCGAUGAGCAGGUGAAGCUGCUGCGGAAAGGCGUGGCUCACAUCGGCGUUGGCACUCCCGGCCGGAUCAGCGCUCUCAUCGAGAAGGAGGGCCUCAACCUGCAGGCUUUGAGGUACGUCGUUCUGGACUGGAACUGGAGGGACCAGAAGCUCAGGAGGAUGGUGGACAUUCCAGAGAUCAAAUUGGACCUCAUGAAGCUCCUGGAGAAUGGAAUCUUUUCUGCCUGCAAAGAAGAAAAAGUCAAAAUGGGACUGUUUUAGCCUGCAUGGUGUUGUGGACUCCAGUCCUCAUGAGAUGUUGGUGUUUUGAGGUGACACCGGCGUUCCGGGAAUCACUCAGAAAGGCCCCCUUGUUUUCCUUUUGGGAAUCGUCAGACCCCGGGAAGUGGGCCAUUGGAACUCCAGAGUGGUAUCGGGGAGCGAUGACUUGAAUAAACAGACUGUUUGAAAACCA